AUUUUUUCACGCUUUAUCGGACAUGUUGAGGAAUAUUCGCCGCCGUUUUGCGGUGUUUCACCGGCGAAAUGGAUUCGGAAAAAUGUUAGGCAAACGAGAAAGUUCAGUUUAAUAACGCGGCCCCGCGUCGCUAAGUUGAGGAACGCGCGCAGAGAAACGGCAAGCGAAUCAUGGAAGCCAAUCUCGUGCUGGGGCUUCAUCAAGGUAUGGGGUGCAACAGCAUGGAUGGUGGUGACGUCCGUGGAUUGCACACUCAGCAAUCCUCCAGUCACAUGGGUCUGCCUUGUAGUGGCCUGACUCAAGCUGACGUUAGAAGCCUGCACCAGACGAAUCAGCACGCCAACCCUACUACUGCUCUUGGGAUAGGCUGCACGGGCAUGGGAAGUGGUGACAUCCGUGCCUUGCAUCCUGCCAUGGACUCUGACAGAAACUUAGGAAGCAACAACAUGGUAUCGAGUGAGAUGCGUUCUCUGCGUUCCAGCAUGGACUGUGAAAGAGGUAUGUCUGGAAAUGGGAUGCACAGAGCACUGGAUCAUGAUAAAGUGGCUGCCCUGUCACUCUGCCUCAGUGGUCAAACAAAUUCCUCUAGCGACAGCGACUACCUUGAGAAAGCCUCCGGGUUCCCUCUGACCGAAGUCGCCUCUCCUUCUUCAGCUGCAGCCACGCCUGCGCUCAUCAACACUGCUGGAAGCAACAUGUCAGCGUCAUCUGACAUCAACUCAUCCGUAGAACCUGGGAACGUGGGGAAAGGUGUGAGUGCUGCUUCGAGUCCCACCUCCAAGGCGCUUGACAAGGCAGAAGGAGAGGAGACAAAGCCCUCGCCACCAAAGAGGCCAUCUAAGGAGUCACCUCAGAGGGAGAGCAAGAGGCCUAAUAUGAAGAAGCGGAUGGACCUGACGUUAGCUGACAAGGUCAAGAUAGUGUACUCCUUAAAGGAACCUGGAGCAAAGCACGGGGCUGUGGCGAAGUUGUAUGGUGUUGCCAGGUCAACUGUGUGCAAAAUUAGUCAGAAAUCGGAGGAGAUCCUGCUGCAGUAUGAGACGGACAGCAACCACGACAGGAAACGGCGGCGUGAAGGAAAGGAAAGGCAGGUUGGAGAGGAACUCUAUUCAUGGUUUCAAUCGCAGGCUGCCCAGGGCGCCCGUCUUUCGGGGAAUGACAUCAAGGAGAAAGCUCGCUUGCUCGCUGCUCAGAAAGGCCACACCUUUGAACCCUCCGAUGGUUGGCUGAGCCGCUGGAAGCAGCGCCACAGCUUGUCCACUCCACGCAAGGACUCUUCCCAUCAGAACUCCAAUGCGUCAUCUGCUACCCCACAGAGCCCAGCAGUUCCCCACUGGGUGAACAACCCAGAUCUAGUCUCACUCAUGAAGCAAUAUUCUGUCGACAACGUGUUUGCCGCCUCCGAGACGACCCUCUACUACUCUGCCUACCCCGCUGACCGAUGCCAGCAAGAAUUGGUCAAGGACCGCAAGGCGACGGAACGCAUUACCCUGCUCCUCUGCGCAAAUCUAACGGGCACCGAGAAGCGACCCCUGCUGCUUAUUGGCGACAGCGGCGCAUCCAGGUCGUUUCCUGACGACCCAUCUCGCCUGCCAAUUAUCUGCAAGUUUGCCCAGAAGGCCAGGAUGAAUGCUGCCGUCUUCACGGAAUGGCUUUCCUUUUGGGACUGGCAGCUUGGGCUGCACCAAAGACACGUGCUCUUACUCGUAGAGAACACCCCUCCGCACACGUCGAGUGCUCACCUCGAAAACAUCCGCCUCUAUUUUCACCCUCAGCCUGUUAUGAAGGGUAUAGCGAGGAACCUGAAAGCUCACUACAGGUCGCGGCUAUACGGACGUGUGUCUGCAACACUGACGGUGCAGAGGAAUGCUCGAGCAUCCGACUUAAUAAGAAAGACAUCCGUCUUGGAUGCAUUGUACCUAGUGCGUGAAUCGUGGGACUCCGUGAAGGGUGAGACCGUGUCGGGGGUCUUCACUCAAAUUGGACUUGCACAGUGCGGAAGCGGCACGGUCCCGACUGCGUCGCACACUACGAGAGGACCCGGUGUGACGGGGAUGCAGGACGUGUCCGUACCACCAGGGCUCACGUACGAUGAGUUCUGCCGAUUUGUAAACUUGGACGACUUCCUGGAGGGCGUCGUGGACAGGGUGACCGAAAACCACGAGGACGAAUACGAGGUGACGGACGAAGAGGCACUCAAAGCGAUCGAUUUCCUGCGGACAAUGGCCAUGAGGGAGGGCAGGGACGAGUGGUACAGGGUUAGCCGGGAGAUGGAGGAUUUUUGGCUACAGCGGAUGGCCAACAAGAAGAAGCAGUGAGUGGUCUGUGUGGUGGAUGCCUGCAUGUGUUGCUGUGUGCGAUUUGGUUCAGGUAUAUUGUGUACAGAGCUGCUGCUGAGUGUGAGAUGGCAGGAUGAAAAGUCUUGCAGCCAAGAGCUGGAGCAGCUGUAGUAAUUUCCAGUCUGCGGGACAGAUGUGAGUACGUGGCCUGCCUAGCUCUGUUGUUCAUCACGUUUGGUCAUCUUUUAUGUGCCUAUACUUACUUGUCCAGCUUAUGUGAAGUAUUCUUAAGAUCCAGUUCAUCAUCGGUCACAUUACUUUUGUACUCUGUGUUAUGGCUCGACUCUCACGGUAUCUUGUUAAGUCAUACAACUUGUGCAGCAGGUUUCCUACGCCGGUACUCUCGGACAUCCGGGUUACAUUGAUUAUAUAUGCAAACAUUGUCCUCUAGGCCUUUUCAGUGGCACAAUAUCUGUGCAUCAAGGCACCGUUUCCCUCCAGUGUGGCUUGUUGUAGCUAUGUGCAUCUGCAAUAAGAAUGUCGUUCAUUAUGCUGCA